AUGGCUAUCACCACAAAAAGUGGUAAAGUGUUACCUGGACCUUCUGUGGGCAAACCUAUUGUAGAUGAUGUGGUGGAUUUGGAGGUGGAAUCAGAAGAAGAACAUCCAGUUGAGUCUGAGAAGCUGGAGAAUAAUGAGGUUCCAUCUAAUCAAAAAGCACUACAGAGAUAUGAAGAAUUCAAUCUCGUGUUGAACUGGGAGAAAUGCCACUUCAUGGUGAAAGAAGGCAUAGCGCUUGAACAUUGGAUUUCAGCAAAGGGGGUUGAGGUUGAUCGGGCUAAGGUGAAAGUUAUAGAGAAACUACCCCCUCCUAUCUCAGAGAAGGGAUUACGUAGUUUUCUGGGUUAUGCUGGAUUCUAUCGCAGGUUCAUUAAAGACUUUUCCAAGAUUGAAAAUCCACUUUGCAAGCUAUUGGAGAAGGAGGCUAAGUUUGUGUUCGAUGAUGACUUUAUGAAGGCAUUUCAAUGCCUUAAGGAAAAGCUGGUCGCUGUCCUAAUUAUUUUGCUCCAGAUUGGUCUAGACCAUUCAAAAUAA